CGGAAGUGAAGGAAAAAGCGCUUCAGCCCGCGGCGCCUGCGCAAAAGGCUGUGGACGCUGAGAGGCAGGAGGCACUUGGGAUCGUCCGCAGGAUUGGGACUGCUACACAGGCCGCCACGGAGCCCGCCGGAGCCACCGUUCCUGCUGCUGCUGCCGCCGCUGCCCGGGUUGGAACCGCCGGGCCGCAGCCGCCGGCAAUGCCGCGAAGGAAGAGGAAUGCAGGCAGUAGUUCAGAUGGAACCGAAGAUUCCGAUUUUUCUACAGAUCUCGAGCACACAGACAGUUCGGAGAGUGACGGCACAUCCCGACGGUCUGCCCGAGUCACGCGCUCCUCAGCCAGGCUCAGCCAGAGUUCUCAAGAUUCCAGCCCUGUUCGAAAUUUGCAGUCUUUUGGCACUGAGGAGCCUGCUUAUUCUACCAGAAGAGUGACCCGUAGUCAGCAGCAGCCUACUCCAGUGACUCCAAAAAAAUACCCACUUCGGCAGACUCGUUCGUCUGGCUCAGAAACCGAGCAAGUGGUUGAUUUUUCAGAUAGAGAAACUAAAAAUACAGCUGAUCAUGACGAGUCACCACCUCGAACUCCAACUGGAAAUGCACCUUCUUCUGAGUCUGACAUAGACAUCUCCAGCCCCAAUGUUUCUCACGAUGAGAGCAUUGCCAAGGACAUGUCCCUGAAGGACUCGGGCAGUGAUCUCUCUCAUCGCCCCAAGCGCCGUCGCUUCCACGAAAGCUACAAUUUCAAUAUGAAGUGUCCUACACCAGGCUGCAACUCUCUAGGACACCUUACAGGAAAACACGAGAGACAUUUCUCCAUCUCAGGAUGCCCGCUCUAUCAUAACCUCUCGGCUGACGAAUGCAAGGUGAGAGCACAGAGCCGGGAUAAGCAGAUAGAAGAAAGGAUGCUGUCCCACAGGCAAGAUGACAACAACAGGCAUGCAACCAGGCACCAGGCACCAACAGAGAGGCAGCUGCGGUAUAAGGAAAAGGUGGCUGAACUCAGGAAGAAAAGAAAUUCUGGACUAAGCAAAGAACAGAAAGAGAAAUACAUGGAACACAGACAGACCUACGGGGCUCUUGGAAAACCUGACUAGCGAGUACGACUUGGAUCUUUUCCGAAGAGCACAAGCUCGGGCUUCAGAGGAUCUGGAGAAGUUAAGACUACAAGGCCAGAUCACCGAAGGGAGCAACAUGAUUAAAACAAUUGCUUUUGGCCGCUAUGAGCUUGAUACUUGGUACCAUUCUCCCUAUCCUGAAGAAUAUGCACGGCUGGGACGUCUCUACAUGUGUGAAUUCUGUUUAAAAUAUAUGAAGAGCCAAACAAUACUUCGCCGACACAUGGCCAAGUGUGUGUGGAAACACCCACCUGGUGAUGAGAUAUAUCGCAAAGGCUCAAUCUCUGUGUUUGAAGUGGAUGGCAAGAAAAACAAGAUCUACUGCCAAAACCUGUGCCUGCUGGCCAAGCUUUUUUUGGACCACAAGACGUUGUAUUAUGACGUGGAACCCUUCCUGUUUUAUGUUAUGACAGAAGCGGACAACACUGGCUGUCACUUGAUUGGCUAUUUUUCCAAGGAAAAGAAUUCAUUCCUCAACUAUAACGUGUCCUGUAUCCUUACCAUGCCUCAGUACAUGAGGCAGGGCUAUGGCAAGAUGCUCAUCGACUUCAGUUAUUUGCUUUCCAAAGUGGAAGAAAAAGUUGGUUCCCCAGAACGUCCACUCUCAGACCUGGGACUCAUAAGCUAUCGCAGUUACUGGAAAGAAGUUCUUCUUCGCUACCUGCAUAACUUUCAAGGCAAAGAGAUUUCUAUCAAAGAAAUUAGCCAGGAGACUGCUGUGAAUCCUGUGGACAUCGUCAGCACUCUGCAAGCCCUUCAGAUGCUCAAGUAUUGGAAAGGAAAGCACCUAGUUUUAAAAAGACAGGACCUGAUUGAUGAAUGGAUAGCCAAAGAGGCCAAAAGGUCCAACUCCAAUAAAACCAUGGAUCCAAGCUGCUUAAAAUGGACCCCUCCUAAGGGCACUUAAAGUGACCUAUCAUUUCGAGCCAGCGAACCCCAGCAGUAGGAAUCCGUACCCUAGGGAUCUGUCUGUCAUUUCUGUUGCUCUUGUGAUUGGCAAGUACAGUAUCCUUUGGGAAGGCCAUCCCCCUCAGGACUGUCCUGGCUCCGACCUUUGUGUACACUGCAGACGCUGGUUCUGAGGAACUGUUGUUUCGGCCUCAGUGAGGUUGCCUGGCUGGGAUCCGCAUCUGAUCCCUCAUAGCACUGACCCAAGGAGUUCUGUUAUGGUACUGUACCUGUCCAGUCACUGGUUCUCUCCUCAUGUUCUCUAGCCCCAUGAGGUUGUGUCGUGUCCUCUACACCUUGUACUAGUGCUUGUUGCUGCCCGGUCACCAGGCCUCCAAAUACGGUUGUCACCACCACCAGGACCUUUCCAGUCACUCCUUACAUGUGUGUGUCGGAAGGGUAGGGAAGAGGUAGCACGUGUGAGUGUGUGUGUACUGGGAAGGGUCCAUUCACUUUGGAUUUUAUCUCACUUUGAUUUUUUUUUUCUUUCUUUCUUCUUUUUUUUUUUUUAUUAAAAAUGUUCUUUCUUUUUUCCUUUCUUUCUUUUUUUUAUCAGUAUCAGGCUGACCAGAGCCAAAUACUUUUGAAGAAUUACUGAGGGAUGGUCUUGCUAACAGUUCAUGAUCCAUCUGAAUGAGGUGGUGAUUCUGACUUUUGAUUCGAGUUCACCUAUGGGCAGUAUCUUGGUGGAAGAGAAUGGUUCGUUCUUUUUUUGCCUCACCAAAAAGUGCCCAGUAGUAAAUGUUUUCUUCUCUCUUAACUCCCUGCCCCCCAUUAGGUUUGCAGGUGCCAAAAUCAUUUCCCGUUCUCCCUUUCAUACUGCAUGUUACCCGGUUUAUUACACUGCAGAACCUUUCCACCUGUACCAGUCUGACCUGUUGCACCCGACUUCACAUAAGUUGCACUGAUUUUGUCCGAGUGUCCUGAGAGAAGUUGAAAAUGACUUCCGUAUGUCUCAGGCCAUGACUCAGCAGGCAGAAUGGCCACCCCUGCCGAGGUUUGCUUCUCUUGUCCACAGUGCCUCACCCUCCCUCUAGGACUGAAGUGCUUCUGCCCCCUGAGAACUCCUCCUCCAUUUCCUUCUUGGGAUUUGCCACCAUCCUUCUGUUCUCUGGUCUAUUUUUGGUGUUCAAAUGAAGGAAGAGAUGUUCCCUCUAAUUUCUCUGUAGCCCAUUAUAACCUGCUAUCUUGGGGCAGCUUUUGAUGUAUGACAUGUCACCCUUCCCAACUUGGUCUCCUACAACACUGCUGUCUUCAUGUGGAGCCUCACCACAGUCCCGACUCUGGUCAUUUGUGCCUUUCUCUUGUCAUCUCUGUACACUACUUAUACUCACUGUGGGUUGGGGGGAGCUAAUUUUAAGCAUGUUCAGUGGCAGCUCCCCGCCAGUUUCAGUGUCACUGUUAAAAUUUAUCCAAAAGCAACUUCACUGGGGGUUUUCUUAAGGGGUAAAGGCCUUUUACAGAAGCUAAACCCUUCCCCACAUGUGGUAGAAUGUGCUCUUCUAUAUCUACUCCUUAAUAAAGCAUG